AUGGCUUCUGCCUUCUACCAGGAUUCACAACCAUCUAAGCUUUAUGAAGCAAAGCAAUACUUUGCCAUUUUCGCCGCCUUCACUAUGUUUUCUACAGUGGGUGUUGCCUUGGCGCUACAACGCAGACACUACGAGCUCUUUUAUGUUUUCCAUGUUCUGUUAUUCGUUUUAUUGGUGGUUUUCAUAUGUCUUCAUCAUCCAGAUAUCACCCAAAAGGUCAUGAUCGUCAUAUUUAUAGCCGCAGGACUGUGGAUCCUUGAUCGCCUGGUACGAGCGACCAGCCUACUCUAUCAUGGCAUCAAUAACACCGCAACACUACACCCCCUUCCAGGCGGCGCCACAAGGGUCAUUCUGCAAAAGAGUCCUUCAGGUGCAAAGUCUGGACAGCACGCAUACCUUUGGAUUCCUGGGGUUCGAUACUUUGAGACUCAUCCCUUUACCAUAGUGAGCACGCAACCAACCGAGUUCGUGGUUGACGCCCAUGAUGGCUUCACCCGCGACCUGCAUGAAUACGCCCUUAAAAAUCCUGGGGUUACACUAAAAGCAUCGGUUCAUGGGCCUUAUGGAUAUAUCCCCAAUCCUGAGGCAUACGAUAAGAUCUUGAUCUUCGCUGGCGGUAGUGGCGGUACUUUUGGAUUUGGUAUGGCACUUCAGUUUCUACGAGAUCUUGACGCCGCUGCCCACAGGAACAUCACUAUUGUUUGGGCCAUGAGAAACUCAGAUCUUUUGGAAUGGUUCUCUCCUUACCUUGAAAACAUUGCUCGCGCUCAAGGGUUCAAUAUCUCUAUCAACAUUACUGGCAGAUCAGACUUGUCAGAAAGGGCCACCAGUGACCAGCCACCCUCGCCUUCGAGGUGGUCGGUUUCGGAAGAUCGUGUGGAAAAGGUUGAUACACCCGAUCAGUCGAAUACGUCUGAACAAGACAUUAUUCUUGGGAUUCUAAUUCUACGUGGACGUCCUAAUGUCGAUGAGAUUGUGGCCCAGACUCUACAGGGGAUGUCUGCGAAUACACGAGUCUUGUUUUUGGCAUGUGGCCCAUCUGGCUUGUUGCAAGAUGUGAGGCAGUCGGCAACGUCUCGAAUGGUUCCAAACGAGGCUGCGAUGACACUUCAUUUCGAGCAGUUCGGAGUUGUGGAUGGCGAAGGAGCUGGAGUGUUUAACCCCGGCCCUUUUGAGGUUGCCAGAGCGAAGGCAGUCCCAGGAUCUUGCGAGGGACUCCUCUUCAUCAGUCAGGAUAUCUUCGUGAACCACUGGAUUGCUAAUCGCGUAGCACCCGCAUUCUAUGUUCAAGAAACUCGUACAAUCGACAAGAUUGUUGAUCUCCUCAAGAACAAGUAUCCGCAUAACAGAGCAAAGGCAGGAUUCUACAUCCCGAGCAGCGAAAUAUCGAAGCCGAACGUCAAUACCAGCCGAGACAAUACAUACCAAAAGACGUGUGCCUUUGUUACAUCGCGCAAGGUCAUUGACAAGGAUGGGGACAAUGAUCCGACUGAAUCGGUCAAAUUGGAUUUCAACACUAAGCUCAAGAUAGAUUACGAAAAUCUUUACUAUUACGGAAAUAGUGAUGAUGAUUCAAAGAGGAGACUCAAGUUUACAAUCACCUCCAAAACUUUUAUCGGAAUCAACAUCGAUCGUCGUCUAUUUAUUAGCCAGUUUGGAACGCGUCUUCAAGCUGGCUUCAACAUGAUUGCAGGAGCCAUAGGCUUGGAGCAAGAGAAGGCCGACGUCAUGGCUGAUUACAACUGGGAGGUUGCGAUUAAGUCCAACUUGUGGAUGAACUACAAGUUUACAUUUCAAGUUGGCACAAGUCCAAAGAAUCGUGGAAGCUUCAUCGUCGAGAACGUCAAGGCUCACCAUCUAAACGAUGACAACAGUCUAAUGUCGUACAAGCAUCGCCCCAGCGACGAAGACGCGCCUGGGUUCUGGCAGCAGGACGAUACGUACAACUGGGUUAGUGCAUGGAAGUUCACGUUUGGUGAUGAGCUCAAGAGCGCAGAUGCUAUCGGACAAGAUAUUGCCAUUGAUGGUGCAACGAGGUUCAAAGAAGCAGUGGCGGACUUGGUCAAGUCCCUGGGUGCAACUGUUAUUCUACCGGCUGGUGAUGUAUUCAUGUUCAAGGGAUUGAGCUGCACCCCAAAGAAUGAUGUCUUUACUCAGCUUGCAUAUGAUACUCCUAUGGGAGGUUCGGUUAACCUUCAAGAGGUGAAAAACGUCUCUUGGCAAGGCCCGAAGAGGCCGUCGAAGUAG